AUGAGGAAACUGCUGGAUGAAGGGACGGACGUGAACAUGGUGGACGAGCUUGGAUUCACAGCGCUCCAUGUGGCGGCUCUGCGGGGAGACAGGGACAUGGUGGAGUUCCUCUACAACCGGUCGGCAGAUGUAUCGGCGGCAACCUACUUCGACAAGAAGACAGCUAUGACGUACGCUGCUGAGCAGAAGCAGUCCGCCGUCCUCUCGUUCCUGCUGGAGAAAGUCAAGACAGACAUGAAAGGCAAGGGGAGCGCUGCGAGCCAUGGGAGGCAUGAGAGGCAACGGGACCAUAACGGAGCUGUGCCUUUAACACAUAACUUCAGCCUCAACAUCUCGAGAAGCAUGAAGGUCGUUCAGCGCCCUGUCUUCGAGCCCCAGGGCGGGACGUUCGGACCUGAUUCAGAGGUUGCAAUCACAUUGACGUGCUCCACUGCCGGGGCCCAGAUCUUCUACACAGUCGACGGCUCGACCCCGACGCCUUCAAGUGCGAUGCUGGUCAGGUCGUCGACGAGGAUGUAA